AUGGAUGGCGAUUCAACAGUGAUGCCUCAAGUUCUGACUUGGGUCGACAAGGUCUUUGAGGACAUGCCUGGAUGCUCCAGCGAUGACUCCCGAGCAGUGGUUCUGUUCUUGAACUUGCCGGCUUGUGGAGUGAUCUCAGCUACACAGUCAAAAGAUGCAGCAGAUGAUUCGAAGGAUGAGAUCGCAGAAAAGCAAGAGGAUGAAGGAACAGCACUUCAGGUCCUGGAGAGUUUUGCUACCAAAUUCAUGGAGUCGGACCUGACCAAAGAUGAUGUCAUGCGCAAGAUCACAGAGCACAAUGCUGUCUUCAACCCAAAUGGGGACUUUGUUGCAGGGACAAGGCGAAAGUUGCAAGUGAACAAUGCCGUGGAGUUGAUUGAAGCCCAAGAAGUCUGCAGCGACCCCGAAGGCCGUUUCUUCGCUUGCGAGAUGGUGGCAUCGACUAUCGUCAUUGUGGAGAAAAAAGCCUCUCCCGAGCACCUACAUGGAUUGAGCUGCCUGGACACCCCUACGCCCCUUGGGGAGGUGAUUCUAGCAUUGGAAGACGCUGGUGAGGCUAGGGUGUCACCUAAACAAGUUAUAUAA